AUGAUAGAGGCGACGUCGUCGGAUACCGUGGCAGUUAUAUCGGGUAUCAAACGAAAAGCAAACGAGGUCGAUGCCGAGGAGGCAGAAUCAACGCCGGAUCAACCUCCGCAAAAACUCUCGUUCUCGGCCUCGAGUAACCUGAACCGAUUUGGAUUUGAAUCAUCCCAAAGUAGCUCGACCCCGGUCUUAAUAUUGAAUCCUGGUCAUCAGCCUGCAGUACGGAUAAGAGAUAUCGAACGCGAUCGACCUCAACUGGGCAGCCGUCAACGUAAAAACGAAUUUGAACCCUACAGCAAUGGCGAUAUGACCAAUAUUUCUCAGUUUAUCGACACCAAUAUCGAAUACCCAAAGCAUCGCUCCGAGACAAAAUCGUUGGACGAGGCUGCCUCUUCGUCCGACAUAUCAUCGUUAUGCCAUGCUUCCCCUUAUCAUUCUGUCAUUGUAUCACUACCGAGUUGGUUUAGUUUGAACGAAAUCCACGAUAUCGAGAAAAUGGCAUUGGCAGAGUACUUUACCGAGGAGCAACAAGACAAACAGCAUUCUCCGGAACAGUACAAGAAAUGCCGCAAUUAUAUGAUUGAGCAUUACCGCAAAAACCCAAGCUAUUACCUCUCCAUUAUUGCUUGUAAAGCUGAACUUGAGGCUGAUCUUGUCGAUAUCGUACGGAUACACAGUUUCCUUGAACUUCAUGGUUUGAUCAACACGCAGGUCGAUCCUCGACGACGUAUUUUUGAUCCUUACAUUGACAGCGACUGCGAUGCCGCCGUCAAGCCCAAAUCGCAACGUGAUUUCCAGGACCGCUCCGCCGCUGAUAUGCAACGACUAAGAGAUCUUAUAUUUGACGCGUCCAUCCCCCGUGACGCUCGCAGUGCGUGGAGCUUAGAAAUCGACGAUCCACUGAACCCUGAUCAGCGCAAAGUAUUUAAAUGCAGCCAUUGUCAUGUCGAUUGCAGCGCCGUGCGGUACCAGAAUCUUAAACACAAAGGCUUUCAAGUAUGCAUUGACUGUUACCUUCAAGGCCGAUUUCCGGCUACCAUGGCUAGUGGUGACUUUUUGCGCGUCGAUAGUACUGCCGACACUUUGGAAGAGGAAGAUUGGUCACGCGAAGAAGUGCUGCGACUGCUGGAAGGCAUUGACAUGUACGAUGAAGACUGGUUAAUGAUCUCGGAACACGUGGGCAGUCGGUCGAAAGAACAAUGCGUCACCAAGUUUCUGCAGUUACCCAUGGACGAUGAGUUCCUUACCGCUCAGCUUAACGAACAAGAAAUGGAACAGCUCCCGUUCAGCGACGUAUCAAAUCCUGUGAUGACACUGAUCGCCUUUUUAUCGGGUCACAUCAAUCCCGGGGUGGGCUCGGCCGCAGCGAAAUCGGCUCUGAAGGAAUUUUUGAAGCAUGGCAAGAAACUGGAAUCGACAGAUACAAAUGAGGAAGAGGGCGAGGAAAUCAAUGUGGAUGCGGACGACAAGAUGUCGGAAACGUCCGAUAAUAACGACAUCAAUGAUGCCAACGGUACCAAAGCAGCAACGCCCCAGUCGGCUUUUGAUGCCUCCGUAAUGAAACAAGCAUCUCUUGCAGCAUUAAAAGGAGCCGUGGACCAAGCGGAGAAAUUAGCAAGCUAUGAAGAUCAGGAGAUUCAGCACUGGACGCGAUUGGCGGUGAAAACAUUGGUUGACAAGUUGACCUUGAAAGUUCAACAAUAUGAUGAACUGGACACGGUGUUGGGCCCGGAACUGAAGGAAUUGGAGAAGCAGAGUGCAGUUCUCGCUGCUUCCUUUGAAAGUCUUGUAAGGCAUCGUUUAUCCAAUGUCUCAUCUACCUCGUCAACAGCAGCGGCAGCGGCAGCGGUAGCAGCAGCGACACCAGUGACAUCAGCGACACCAUCGACACCAGUGACUGCAGAAAACUCGAGUGCACCGCCAACAAGUAGUAGCCAAACAUCGUAAAAAAAAAAGCUUGGCAACCCUUUUUGGCUCUUUCCCUGUCCUUUCACCCCAUUGUCUACAUACAUUUAGCAUCUACUUUUUUGUUCAUAUCCUCUUAAUCUCACGGAAACGCAAUUGUUUGGAUUCACAGAUUGAACCAUUUCACAUUGUCGGAUAUAUAUCUUUACAUA